AGCCAGCCUACAGCCAGCGAGCAGCGUCUCUGCGUCGCCAGAGCGCACUCACCGCCCGAUUUUUCCCUAUGUCGAGCGACUGCCUCGACGACUACCACGCCGCGCCGCCGUCGCCGCUGCUGGCGCUGGUCGGCAUGCCGCAUCUUCACGGCGCACUCCAGGCGGCCGCUGCGGCCGCCGAGCCAAAGCCGCGCGUGCUCUCGUUUGCGAGCGACGGCGCAUACGUCGAAGCGCAGCCGGUUCCGAGCGGCGAGGCGGCGAACCUGGUGCUCAAGCCUGGCUGGCUCCACAAGCACACCCACUGCAUCGCCGGCGCGGCCGCCCUCCUCGCGUCGUGGGACGACUCCACCUCUGCGACCGGCGUCGCCGCGCAGAUCGGCGCGAUCCGCAAUGCGUCGGGACGGAGUCGCCUGCUGCUGGUGCUGGUGCAGGCGUCGGGCGAGGCGUCGCCCGCGCCGCCCUCCGAGGAGCGCAUCGCCGCCCUCCGGCGUGCCUGCGACCUCGAGCCGCGCAGCUUGCUCGUCGUCUCGGCGGACGGGCCCCCGCCGUCGCUGGACGCGGCCUCGCUCGCGCGCGGCGUCAAGGUGCUGCUCGAGGCGGCGGCGGCGUACUACCGCGACGAGGCGCGGCGCGCUCGGCCACCGAAGGCCACCGCGCCGCAGCUGGCCGCGCGGCACCACACGAAGCGGGCCGUCUUUGCGGAGCUGUCGCACGAGCCGGUGCUCGCCCAGCGGCACUGGCAGCUCGCGGCGGAGCAGCUGCGCGAGCUGGUGCGCCUCGCUGCGGGCAGCGGGGCCGAGGCGGACGUCGCCUCCUCCGUCCCGCUGCACGAGGUUAAGCGGGUGGCCGAGCUGGCGGUCCGCCGCAUCUGCGCGCACGGGAUGACUGCGCCGCAGGGCGCCGCCGCCGCCUCUCGCCACGCCGAAGUGUUUGACGUCUUCCGGAGGCGCGAGAAAUUGAGGGUGCCAACCCUCCACGCGGCUGAAUUCGCAGGGAAUUAG